AUCCACGAGCCGUUUUAUUUUUAGGGGGCUCUCUCCAGCUGCAUAAAGCGCUGUGUCGGAUGCGCGGCUGGAUUUUAAGCAGCCUGGUCAGAUUCAGCACCACAUCAGCUUUGAACGGCUCCCUGUCGCCGCGUGUGGAUGGGCUCUGUCGGUCUCCGUGUCUCGUGCAGCUCCUAACUACCGGCAACAAUGGCAUCACACGGUUUUUGGUCUCUUGGCGGAGAUAAUACUGGGGCCAAUACCGGGAGUCAAAGCCCCAGUACGCCCUCCGCUUGGUGCCAAGCGGCGGCCCAGAAAUUAUCCGGAGGAAUUGGAUCGAAAUUAUGUGCGCUGCUCAAUGUCGGGGAGGUGGAGAAACCCGGCGAGUCGGCCGCCAAGCAGCCGCCGCAGACGACUGCCUCCAACUGCGGCUGCAACAAAUCCUGCAACUGCACCAAAGCUGGCGUCGCCUUCUCCGACCUCUAUUCAACAGACCUGUUACCUGCCAUGGACGGUGACACCAAAACAAUGACCUUCCUGCAGGAAGUGGUGGAUAUUUUACUGGCCUACAUCGUGGAGUCUUUCGACCGGGAUACCAAAGUGAUUGAUUUUCACUAUCCAAACGAGCUGCUGCAGAUGAACAACUGGGAGCUGCAGGAGGAGCCCGCGACUCUGGAUGAUAUCUUGAUCAGCUGUCGCGCUACCCUGAAAUACGCCAUCAAGACAGCCCACCCCAGGUACUUCAAUCAGCUCUCUACAGGAUUAGACAUGGUUGGCCUGGCAGCCGAUUGGCUAACGUCCACCGCCAACACCAACAUGUUCACCUAUGAGGUGGCGCCCGUCUUUGUGCUGCUGGAAUACGUCAGUCUGAAGAAGAUGAGGGAGAUCAUUGGUUGGCCCGACGGCCGAGGAGAUGGCAUUUUCUCCCCCGGUGGUGCUAUUUCUAACAUGUACGCCAUGCUGUUGGCCCGCUUCAAGAUGUUCCCUGAAGUGAAGGAGAAAGGAAUGUCAUCUGUUCCCAGACUGGUGGCCUUCACGUCCGAACACAGCCAUUUUUCAAUCAAAAAAGGUGCAGCAGCUCUCGGCAUUGGGACUGAGAGUGUGAUCUGCAUCAAAGCAGAUGAAAGUGGUAAAAUGAUCCCAGCCGACCUUGAGAGGAGAAUACUGGAGGCCAAACAGAAGGGUUUCGUACCUUUCUUUGUGAGCGCGACUGCCGGAACGACGGUGUACGGAGCCUUUGACCCUCUCAUCGCCAUUUCUGACAUCUGCAAGAAGUACAACAUCUGGAUGCACGUGGACGGCGCGUGGGGAGGGAGUCUCCUCAUGUCCAGGAGACACAGGUGGAAGCUGGACGGAGUUGAGAGAGCUAAUUCAGUGACAUGGAACCCACACAAAAUGAUGUCAGUCCCUCUGCAGUGUUCUGCCCUGCUGGUCAGAGAGGAGGGUCUGAUGCAGAACUGCAACCAGAUGCACGCCUGCUACCUGUUCCAGCAGGACAAACACUACGACCUGUCCUACGACACCGGGGACAAGGCGCUGCAGUGUGGACGCCACGUGGACAUCUUCAAGCUGUGGCUCAUGUGGAGGGCCAAGGGCACCAUCGGGUUCGAGGCUCAGAUCGACAAGUGUCUGGAGCUGUCCGAGUACCUCUACAAUAAGAUCAAGGACCGAGAAGGAUACGAGAUGGUCUUUGACGGGAAACCUCAGCACACCAAUGUCUGCUUCUGGUACCUCCCUCCCGGGAUCCGCUACAUGGAGGACAAAGAGGAGAGGAAGAAACACUUGCACAAGGUGGCCCCGGUGAUUAAAGCCAGGAUGAUGGAGUACGGGACGACCAUGGUCAGCUACCAGCCGCAGGGGGACAAGGUCAACUUUUUCCGCAUGGUGAUCUCGAACCCCGCUGCUACCUUCGAGGACAUCGACUUUCUUAUCGAGGAGAUUGAACGACUCGGCCAAGAUCUAUAAGACUCGUCUCACCAA